ACACAUCCUGAUCCAUUUGUUGGCUCCUCCUCAAUGUCUUCCCUUUCCACGAACGCGCGCCUCCAUCUCUUUCCUCCCUUUGCUGCUCGUAUAAGAGCACACCUCUCUCUCCCUCACUUUCCAUCACUCCUCUUCCCAACCUUUCUACUGCAUUUAAUUAAGCUGCUCCCUCCCUCCCUAGCUAGCUCCUCCUUUUCACGUGCAAAUUGGCCUGCAAGUUCGACCGACAAUGGCACAAUAUCUGGCACUAGAGAAUUAUGCAGUCGAUUUCCAGGACCACUUCCCGUCCAUGAUUGCACGGCUGGGAGCAGAAGCGUUUAUAGAGGAGCUCUGCAACGGGUUUCGUUUGCUGAUGGAUUGCGACAAGGGUCUAAUCACGUUUGAGAGCUUGAAGAGGAACAGUUCCCUGCUGGGGUUGUAUGACAUUGGGGAUGAAGAGCUUGUGUGCAUGCUUCUGGAAGGUGAUCUUGACGGAGAUGGGGCGCUGAGUCAGAUGGAGUUUUGCAUUCUCAUGUUAAGGUUGAGCCCUGGCUUGAUGCAGGCCGAUAGAUCUAAGAGAUGGCCGGAGGAUGACUUUGAUGUUAGUUUCUGAUCAGAUGCGUAGAGUAGUACUGUUUUUUAAUUAUUUUCUUGUAAACUAAUUGAGUACUCUCUCAGUGCUCAUCCGGAGAAAAUAAUUAAAAAUGGCAAAUCAUGUUGUAGGCUUUAUUAA